CGUAGUAGUGUUUUGGUAAACAAUGUUUGCUUUUAGAUACUACAAAUCGCCAGUUUGAUUUUGCUGUUAAAUCUAAUCACUUUCGAAUAAUUAUCCCUUUUCAUCUGUGCUGGUGAUUGUUUUUCAUUGUCGCCACAAAAAUGAGCUUACCAGGCUCAACGAGUAUGUCUUUUGAAGAGAAACAAGCAGCCAUUGAACAAUUUUGUAAUUUCACAGGUGAGGCAGAAAAUCGUGCAAAGGUUACUUUAGAGGCAUGUAAUUGGAACGUCGAACUAGCUGUUAACAUGCAUGUUGAUGGUAUUGACAAUAGUGAACCAGUUGAUGUUACUCCAACAACAGAAUCUUCGAAUGACGCCAUUACCGGCAGCUCUAGUGGAAGAAUCAUUGACCUUACCAGAUUUAUCGACUCUUCUUUGGGUGCAUCUUCUACAUCUACCUCAUCAAAUGCUAUUGGAACUAGUGAAAUAUCAACUGCUUCAACUUCGUUAUCAAAUGAUGAAGAACAGUGUAACACUGCUAAACAAUCAACAAUCGCAGAUGAAUCCAGCAAUCAUCGAACUCUAAAUGAUACUCAAAAAGUGUUUGAAAAUUCACGAAAUUCACAGAGUGAAGCAAGGCGUACAAAUGAUGUUGAAAGUUCUUCUAAUCCAAACCAAAGUAAAAGACGUUCACUCGAAGACCUUAUGCGCCCUCCAUUAAAUUCAAUGUCUAGAGAAGCUGUGGAUCAGCUUGAGUUCGAUGACAAUAUACAAGCCCGUGGAUCCAAACGUACUGUGAGCACUUCAUCGUUACCCUCAGCCAGCAAUUCUGCGAAUAUUUCAACCUCUCCACCGCGAUUCAUGGCUUUGGAAGAGAUCAUGAAAGCUGCAAAUGAAGUUUACAAUAUGUGUCUUGCCCACGAGAUUGCCAUGGAUAAAGAAUUCAAGCUGGAAAAAACUGAAACCCCACCAAAUUCCCUUCACAAAAGGGUCGAUGAUAUGAUGAAAAAAGUGUUCUGGGAACUUUUACAGAAUGAGUUAGACGAAUCACCACCAAAUUACAAAAGAGCUUUGAUGUUAUUAGGUGAAAUCAAAGAGAGUUUGAUGUCCUUCCUUUUGCCCCAACAUACACGACUAAAGCAGGAAAUAGAGGAAAUUCUUGACCUCGAUUUGGUAAAACAACAGGCCGAAAAUGGUGCCCUAGAUUUUCAGCGUUAUGCUCAUUAUAUUCUUUCCGUAAUGGCCAGAUUAUGUGCGCCCAUUAGAGAUGAAAAAAUUCGCCAGCUAACACAGACAAGAGAAGUUGUACCACUUUUCAGAGGUAUCAUGGAACUACUUGGUGAAAUGAGACUAGAUAUGGCUAAUUUCUUGGUACAACAAAUUCGGCCUCAAAUCUUACAACAAUCAGUUACUUAUGAAAGAAAAAAGUUCACCGAGUUCUUGGAGAAUCAAGCAAAAUUGGGCAAAUCCGAUGGCCUGGAAUAUACAAAGAAAUGGUUAAAACGAAAUUACGAGGAACAUGAUUUUUCUGGAGAAAGCACAAAAGAAAUUAUUAAUAAGGUAUUAACUUCAUCAUAUGUUCAACUGUUGGUUUGGGAUGAAAGUUUGCAAGAAAUGUUUCCGGAAACCCUGUUGUUGGAUGAAAAGAGGAUAAUUGCACUCAGAGAUUUCCUUAACCUGAACAUUUAUGUUGGAAGCGCACUUUUGGUUACAGUCGCUGCAUUCCCGUCAGUUCAAAGUCUAUCUGACCUUAAAGAGUUGAUCCGAGAUCAUCUAUUAGUAAUAUUAGAUGAAAAGGACGAUAAAUUAUCAGACUUGGAAACAAGAUUAGAAGGCGCUGCUCUUCAAAUUAUCACUGAUCUCAAGAAAUACACUGAUGACCAUGUCUUUCCCGAGAUUGAUUCAGUAAAAGAGGCUUCUUUGAAAGCUCAAAUUGUCGAUCUAAAAAAUGAAAAUAAUCGGAUCCGUCAAAUUGUCCAAAGAAGAAUACUUGAGUUUGUUGAAUCCGUUUUCACUUCCAAUACGGCAUCGCCCGUACAGAUGCCAAAAGGAUUAACGGCACUUCAAAGAAGUUUAUCUUCCAUUGCGGGUCAAUUUAUGCGUAUAGCAUCACACAAUCGUGCUGUAUAUGGAAGUUAUUAUGCUAACAUAAUUACUGAUCUGGUUAACAACAAGCUUUAAAAGGAAACAACAAUUAUUAAUCCCUUUUAUGGAUAGUUGAUCCGAAGUAUUGUGAUUAAGCUUAAAACAAAGUCAAAACAGACCCAUAAAGGUCAAUCAAGUGAGCAAAUUAAUGUAAAUUUGUGAUGAGGAUAAACAGGCUGAUAUUAAAUUUGCAAUUUUUCUUCUCUAUCGCAACAUCUAAACCAACUACUCUUAUCAGGAUAUCAUCUAUUUUUCACGCUAAACAAACAUGGAAAUUUCAUUCUUCUCUGAAUUAGUAUUAUCAUGAUGCCAACACAAAGAAGAAACCAGAUGAAAUUUUCAAUCUAUUAUUUACUCCAAAAUUUAACAUAUUGUUCAAGUAAAAAUAUAUCAAUACUUGUUCUGUAUAUUUAUAUAGACAUGCCUAAAAGAAUAUGCUUGAAUGUGUAUAACACCUGUAAAUUACAAGAAAUUCAAGAGUGAUUAUGUAAAUUGUGAUCCUUGGCCCUUACAAUCGUGAUCCUGAUAAUUAAAAAGUAAGGCUGACGAUCAAACGACACUUGAAGAAAACAAGGAAGUAACAAAAACAACUCGAACAGUGAUGAUGACCAAGUCAAACUUUCGAUACCAGAGAAAGUACCAAAUUAUUCAAAUCAUAUUUAAAGCUAGAUUUUCAUUAUGUUAUCCGGAAACCCUAUUAAUUGAAUUUAAUCACCCUUACAGCAUAUGAUUUCAUAUGAAUUGUUUUUUUUCUGUUUUAUUGUAUUUUUCUAUUCUCACUUGUACCCUCUUCACUAUCAUGUACAUAUUGGGUUAAGGAGAGGCAAAAAAUCAUCUAGGUUAUUGUAAUAAUAAAUCACGACUUAUG